UCUGCCCUUCUCUCUCUAUCUCUGUCUCUCUCUGUCCGGUCUAACACGGAUCAUUCUCAGUGUAUUUCAUUAACACAUACUCGGUUCUCCAUCUGCAGGUCCUUUACGCACAGCAGAAGUUCUCCAAAGCGCAACUGGAGACGCGGAGAUCCGUGACGCUGGACUCGGUGUGAUGUGGAUGCUUCAGCUCUGAGGUGCUCAUCAGAUUCGUGAUCAGACCGGAUCUCAUGACACUGGCGUGGAAUUCUGUUUUCACUUAGAAAACUGCUGCGUGGACAAAUGCAUACAAAUGCAUUUAGGAGCCCAACGGACAAGGAGUGGACAAGGAUCUCCAACAGCGAAAGCGAGAUUUCUCGUCCUCCUCCUGUCAGCAUGUGCAGCUGUGCUGUGUACAGAAGAACAAGGUGUAGAUCUUAUUCAUCAGCUGGGCCUCUCCGGUCACAGAGACAUGCGCUCUACUGGGACAGCAUACCUCACACCUCUUCCGUCUCUAACCAUCCUGCCCCCUGGUGAUGGGGUAAUUCUCGGACAGGAUGCCCUCAUUGAGGCUCCAUUGGUGGGUCUGCUCCCCGCUGGUGUGGAGGAGGAGUUCUCCGUCAUAGUUGCUUUAAGCUCCUGGCGAGCGAACAAUGCCUUUCUUUUUAGCAUGCAUGAUGGCAGGGACAGACUGCAGUUCGGUGUGCAGCUCCUGCCUGGCUGGGUAGUUGUUUACAUGGGUGAGAAAGCACCGGUUUACUUCAAGUACAAUGUGCAAGAUGGACAGUGGCACUCCUUCUCGGUGGGUGUCCGACCACGCACUGUAUCCUUCUACGCGCACUGUGGGGCCGUACAGUACAGCGAGGAAUCACUGACCCAUCCACAGAUGCUGGGCUCUGAAGGUCGCCUCUCUGUGGGCAGGAUGGACUCCAGGGCGGUGCAGUUUGAAGGAGAAUUGUGCCAACUGGACAUCUAUCCCUCUGCCCAAGCUGCGACACACUACUGUGACUAUGUAAAAAAACAAUGCAGACUGUCUGAUACGUUCCGAUCCCUGCCCCUGAAGUCCGAAAGCACAGAGUCUACCUUUCCGACAGUCUUGCCUUCCCGAAAAUCCCACCAAAGGUCUUCAGAAUCGCACACCAAGAGAGAUAUCCCCACCCUCACUGCCCACUCCACUGCGGCCACCAGUUCCACUCCUAUGGCAGUUUUCAACCAAUUUUUGACCACAAGCUCACCUACAUUGCCCUCCAGCAUACCAAGACUUCGGAGCCCUUCUCCAAGCCCACUUAUCAAGGCACGAUCCCUGGGCUUCGCCGCUGGAACUCCAACCAGUAGCACCAUAACUGAUGGGAACCUUGUAGGUGAAAAUGACACAGAGAAUCAACAGCUUCUCAAAAAGUCAAGAGCAACUCGGGCCACCCCGGAUUUGAUCACCAUUGUCAGGCAGAGUCGUUUGAAAGAGGCCAUGAGGAAUGUUGGUAGAUCCCACCAGUCUAACAAGGAUCUUCUGCGGACAAAUUUAAAAGUGAAUGGCACCAUCCUGUACCGCGAAGAGAGCACCUAUAACCUGGUGGACCAAUCCGAGGAUCAACUCCAAGAGGGGAUGCACGACACAGAAUACUCUGAAGGUUAUGGAUACGACUACGGUUUUGAAGAAGCUGAAUAUUUUUUUGACUAUGAUGGAUUCGUUGGUUCUAAAGGAGAACCAGGUACUCCAGGUCCCCCUGGCCCACCAGGUCUGCCCGGACCCUCUGGAAAGAGAGGAGCGCGGGGUCCACCUGGUCUGCGUGGUAACCCCGGGCUGCCUGGUUUACCUGGCCCCAAGGGAGCAAAAGGAGAUCCAGGACUGUCCCCGGGUCAGGCGCCAGCAGGUGAUCAGGGUGACAGAGGACGACUGGGUCCACAGGGUCCUAAAGGUGAACAAGGUCUGAAGGGUCCCAAAGGCUAUCCAGGACCUGCAGGUCUUCCCGGAGAACAGGGUUUGCCAGGAUUGCCGGGCGUAUCUGGGGCGGCAGGUUACCCUGGCAGGCAGGGUUUAGCAGGACCAGAGGGAAAUCCAGGACCUAAAGGUGUUAAUGGCUUCAUUGGACCUCCAGGAGUUGCAGGGCUACCAGGACUGGAGGGAGAGAGAGGAAUUCUAGGUCCUGUGGGAAUCAAGGGACCUAAAGGCAGACAGGGUGUUGUUGGUGACGCGGGUGAGAGAGGACCACCCGGACCACAUGGAAAUGAGGGACCUGUCGGGGGGACCGGCAGCAGUGGAUUCCCAGGCCUCAGAGGUGAUGUGGGGCCAGAGGGACCCCGUGGAUUUCCUGGAAUUGUGGGACCUCAGGGCCUGACCGGAGGGGUGGGGCCGCCUGGAUUGAAAGGUGAUAAGGGGGAACCUGGAUUGAGGGGUGAACCAGGAGAAACUGGUUACCAGGGUGACAAGGGAACGGCUGGUAAUCCAGGACAACCAGGACCACGUGGAAAAGCUGGACCACCCGGGAAAACAGGGGAACUGGGACCACAGGGGCCUCCAGGACCACCAGGACCCAAAGGUUUCCCAGGAGACAUCGGUGCGCCAGGGUCGAACGGCCCCCCGGGACCAAAGGGUCUUCAAGGAGCCAGGGGCCCCCAGGGACCACCAGGGCCAAAAGGAACAGAAGGAGACGAAGGCCCCCCGGGCCCACCUGGAAAGCCUGGUCCCACUGGCAGGCCGGGUAAGAAAGGUGUCAUUGGUGAAGCUGGUCCUGAAGGUCUGAAGGGAGAAAUCGGUGACCGGGGAAAUGUUGGCAAAACUGGCCCUCCUGGUCCAGUUGGGCUGAUCGGAAUAACAGGAGUGAUCGGACAACCUGGAGAAAAGGGUAAUCGCGGUCCUCCUGGUCCUCUGGGUCCUCCUGGAGAGAAAGGUUCAACGGGUUAUCCAGGUCUUCCAGGGGGUCCAGGGGAUUUCGGCCCGCAAGGCCCACCAGGGCCACUAGGGCCGAGGGGAGCAGCAGGCGUUCCGGGGCUGAAAGGGCAACGGGGCCCGAGAGGAGCUGAUGGAUCGACAGGAGAAGAAGGUCCUGUGGGCAUGAAGGGUAAGAAAGGAUCUCCAGGGAAGAAAGGAGCUCCAGGGUUCAUUGGUAAAGCUGGUGGUCCAGGGAAGAGAGGAGCACCAGGACCCUCAGGUACACCAGGUCUGCCCGGCAGCACUGGCAAAAAAGGUCCUCCAGGUGAACCGGGGCCCAGAGGCCCUCCAGGGGACGUGGGACCAGAUGGAGAGCAAGGCCACGAGGGCCCUCCAGGACCUGAAGGAGAGCAGGGUCCUGUGGGCGAACCUGGACUCAAGGGUGAAAUGGGUUCUGUCGGUGAAGACGGUGAACAGGGUCAACUGGGCAUCAGAGGUCCUCCUGGACCACCUGGAGAAGACGGACAUCAGGGGAAGGACGGACCAAAGGGUGAGCCAGGUAACCGUGGAUCAGUGGGAGAAGCUGGGGAAAGGGGCGAGAUUGGUGAUUCUGGUCCCCCAGGACUUCCUGGAGAUCCUGGAAAUAAGGGCUUCCCAGGACCUGAGGGAAAACAGGGUCUGCCUGGCAACCGCGGUCGCCCAGGAAAGAAGGGUGAGCGAGGCCCGCCGGGUCACCUGGGAGAAAUUGGCUCGCCUGGUGAAAUCGGACAGACAGGAGAGAGAGGACUCAAAGGUGCUCGUGGGACCAGAGGACCCCUAGGGCAACCCGGAAUGAUGGGACCACAGGGAGAGCCGGGACUGGAAGGUUAUACAGGUCACGCUGGGAAACCAGGUCCUGCAGGCCCCCCAGGACCCAAGGGAGAAAAGGGUUACCCAGGAGAAGACAGUAUAACGGUGGGACCGCCCGGGCCCUUAGGUGAACCAGGAGCUCCAGGAAAGAAAGGUGAACGUGGGGAACCAGGAGAUGAUGGAUAUCAGGGUCACACAGGGGUCGCUGGGGCCCGGGGAGCUCUCGGUCAGCAGGGAUCACCUGGGUCUCCUGGGCUACCUGGUCAAGCAGGACCCAAGGGCGAGAAGGGAAAUCAGGGGCUCGCUGGUAAGAAAGGAUCCCGAGGUCUCGCUGGAACACCUGGUCUGGAGGGGCCGCUGGGUUUGCCGGGGCCCAGAGGGACAGAAGGAUACACAGGAUCUGACGGGCUUCCCGGUCUUUCUGGGUUACCAGGUCAAUCUGGAUCUAAAGGCAGAACAGGUCAGUGUGGUGAUACAGGUCUAGAGGGGAGGGCGGGACUUCCUGGUCCACGUGGUGAGCUCGGGCUUCCUGGUGUCGUUGGAGAGAGAGGACCAGAGGGGCUAAAGGGUGAGAUGGGUUUACCGGGUGACAGAGGACCAGUGGGCGUAAAAGGGAUGGAGGGGGCGACCGGAGACCAAGGCACAAAAGGAGAGCAAGGUGCCAAAGGAGAGCCAGGUGUGCUGGGAGAUGCCGGUAUGAGAGGACUCCAGGGUUUUCCAGGACCAAAGGGACCAAAUGGAGAUCUGGGGCUGACCGGUAUUCCUGGACCCAAAGGCCCAGUUGGUGUUCUGGGUUUCUCUGGUCCUGUAGGUCCUGUGGGAAUGAUCGGUCCAGAGGGAAAACCUGGUCCCAGAGGACCUAAAGGAAGCCGUGGUGAGAUGGGGCCGCAGGGGCCACAGGGCAGUCCAGGGCCACAGGGGCCUCCAGGUUCACCCGGCCCAUCGAUACGCAUCAAUGUGAAUGUUGCCAGUCUUCAUCUGGAGAGUUAUCAGAACACAGAUGGGUCUGUGGCCAGUCAGAACACUGAGAUCUUCAAAACUCUGCAGUAUCUGAACAGCGUCAUUAACAGCAUGAAAACACCGCUGGGAACACGAGAAAACCCUGCACGCUUCUGUAAAGAUCUGCUCGACUGCCGACACAAGAUGACUGAUGGAAUGUUCUGGAUUGAUCCGAACCUCGGCUGCACAUCAGACGCCAUCCAGGUGUUCUGUAACUUCACUGCAGGUGGACAGACCUGCUUACGACCGUUUACCACAGAUAAGACGCCGUUUGAUGUCGGAAAAGUCCAGAUGAAGUUUUUACAUUUGCUGAGCGUCACAGCAACCCAGACCAUCUCCAUCCACUGCUACAAUGACCCGACGACUGUUGUCAUGGAGACACCACAGGCCUUGAGGUUCCGGGGUUGGAAUGGUCAGGUGUUCUCGGAAAACUCGCCUCUGAAACCUGACGUGGUUUUGGACAACUGUGAGAUCAGUGACGGUCGCUGGCAUCAGUCCCACUUCCUGUUUCAAACCCAGGUCACUCAACAGCUUCCCAUCGUAGGCAUACAAGGUCUUCAUCCCUCACAUCCCGCAGACCAGCGACAUCUGGAAAUGGGCCCUGUCUGCUUCCUGUGAGCCUGUGAAAUCACUGAAGGACUUUUGCUCUAAUGGUCGAUCGUGAUAUCAGGUCGUUUGGUGAACUGGGCUACUACAACACAUUCUCGUGUAGGUCCUGUAGGUGGGAUGUCUCAAAAACCUUGAGAGGAAACUCCUCGUUUUGAAUACGGCUGACUUUAAUGGAAGAACAAACGCUGUAAAGAAACAAGGCGAGCUCUUCUAGAGCCAGAGAUAUCGGCAACAUAUAUCGAGAGACUGUUGUUUUUAAUCCGUUGAUUAUAGUGUGUUGUGGAAUACCUGAAAUAAUAUGUGAACGCAUUAUUUCUAGCAACGCAAACUCGAUUUUUAUUUGUCAUUACAUUCCGUAAUGUAUCAGUGCGCAAUUUACAAAGUGCAAGAACAUGAACGCAAACACUUCUAGCUAUGCAAACUAGAUUUUUUGCAUCAUUAUGUUCCAAAAUAUUUCAGAGCGCAAUUCUUAAUGUGCAAGUUCAUGAACGCAAACACUCCUAGCUACGCAAACAAAAUUUUUGCGUCAUUACGCUCCGAAAUGUGUCAGAGCACAAUUCUUAAUGUGCAAGUAUGUGAACGCAAAUGCUUCUACAUACGCACCUUCGAUUUUUUUUCCGCAAUUCACAAAGUGCAAAUACGCGAAUGCCGCCUUGAGUACUGAGUUUUUUACCGGCACAAUAACAUUUGUGUACCCAUAAAUAUGUUCAGGGACCGCGUGCUUACAACACGUUGCCCAAGUAAUCAUGUUUGUGUACUUGUGCAAAGUAUGUUUCUGGCCUUAAAAAGUUUUUUGUGUUGUCUUCUUUUGUACAUUUGCGUUUGGUUAUUUCGAUCAGAACAAACCUUAUUUAUAUGAACAGUGUGUUGGUAAGUUAUGUUAUACAUUGGCUUUAUAUACUUUUUAUAUUAAGAAGAAAGCUCAUUCGUGACCCUUUCAGAGAUGUGGCGAGUAUGUCACGGAUAACCCGAAGAAAUCACAGAACACAGAAUUUUAGUUACGUCACAUUGUGUAAUUUGAAAUCAGUUGAAAGUUCAAUUGAAAGUGUGUGCAGGACAUGACAAAAAUAUGCAAAUACACAAGAUCUAACAGUUGGAAUUAACAUGCUUGUAAUGAAAAUGUGCUCUUGCGAGAUAAUCGUGGAGUCUCAGUUAGGGUCAUGUGUCUUCUUCAUGGUGCUGCAGUAUUCACCGUUAGUUAGUCGUUUUAUUUUUAUUUUUUCCCAUGUGUAUAUUUUGAUAUAAAAUGUUUAUUUAUGUUAUAGAUUUAUGUAUUUGUAUAUAAACACAAAUAGGUGAGAUUAUGUUGUGUUCUGGCAGCUGUGAUUGGCCAGAUUUAGAUCACGUGAUCACACUUAGGAAGUAUCGCCUGUUAAUUUAUGAUUACAGGAAAGAAAUAAAGUCAUUAAAUAUGCUUACACAAAUAAAACGAAGACAUAAAUGUAAAUACUACAUUUUGACAUGAAAUAAAAUAUGUUUUAA